AUGAUCCGCCGACAGGCCCGCGAGCGCCGCGACUACCUCUACAGGCGCGCCCUCACUCUGCGCGAUGCCGAGCUCGCAAGCAAGCGCGCCGCCCUCAAAGCCUCGCUGGCAUCCGGCAAGCCGCUGUCCAAAGAAAUCGCAGACGAUGAAGCCCUGCGCGCCGACUUCAAGUACGACGAGAGCCGCGCCGACCGCACAGUCGAGGAGGAACUUGGCAUCGACGACGAGUACGCACAGCUGUCCGGCGUCGUCGAUCCACGCAUCCUAGUCACAACCUCGCGCGACCCGUCAUCGCGGCUGGGCACGUUUGCAAAGGAGAUGCGUUUGCUGCUGCCCACGAGUGUGCGCCUCAACCGCGGAAACCUGAUUCUGAGCAACCUCGUCGACAGCGCAAAGGGCAGCGGGCUCAGCGAUAUCGUUCUGCUGCACGAGCACCGCGGUACACCGACUGCGCUGACAGUGAGCCAUUUCCCCCACGGGCCGACGGCAAGCUUCAGUCUGCACAACGUUGUGCUGCGCGCCGAUAUCCCCAACAGCGCCCGCGGCACCGUGUCUGAGUCGUAUCCCCACCUCAUCUUCGAGGGCUUCGAGUCGAAGCUUGGCAAGCGCGUUGUGCAGGUCCUGAAGCAUUUAUUCCCCCCACGCGAGGCCACCGCCAAGAUUGGCAACCGCGUCGUCACAUUCAAGAAUAUCGAGGACACAAUCGAAGUCCGCCACCACGUCUUCGUCAAGACAGGCUACCAGUCUGUCGAGCUGGCUGAGGUCGGGCCGCGCAUGAGCAUGCGCCUGUUCGAGAUCCGUGCAGGCACGUUGGACAACAAGGCGGGCGACGUCGAGUGGCAUCUGAACCAGUACACACGGACAGGGCGGAAGAAGGACUAUUUGUAG